CGAAUUACUAACAGUACGCUUUCGUACUCGUCUGACAUCACAAUGUCCAAAAAAUAUUGCCGGAAAACAAAAAUAACGAGUUUAUAGUUAUCACGCAGAAAAUCAUGUGAUAAAUUGAAUAUCAUUAUCAGUACCGACUAGUUAGUUUUCCUAUUGGUAAUUUCAUAGAAUUUUUGUUUGCUUAUUAUUUGUUGCGACUCCAAUGAAAAAUACAGUACGUUUUAACACUCCUUACGAAGACGAAGAGCCAAGAAGGGAUGAAGGACGCGAGAGCUUUAAUGGAUAUGCGAUCUCGGGAGAUUCAAUCGUUAAUCAUAGGAACGGUGUUGGAUAUGGCAGUUCACAACGACCUUUUCAAAAUCUAAUCUUUGUUUUACAUGGGCUCGAUGAGUAUCAAAAGCAAAGACUGGAAAGCAAAAUAUUUCAACAGGGCGGUAGUGUCUCGUCAAUGAUCAGUGAACGGACGACUUAUCUUGUAACAACGCAAGAGUACCAUGAUAGAAAUACUGAAGAAAUUAACGAAUUGGUGAAAUCUAACAAUGUACAAAUCAUGUUCGAUAAUUGGAUUUAUGAAGCGGCAAAUGCGGCAAAUAAUAUGCAUGAGGACAUCGGAAUUAUAUUUUCAAUAGUAAUCCAAAUAAUCACCGUUAUAAUCGCCGUGACAGAGAUGAUGAUAACGACUAUGAUGAUGAUGAUGAUAACGAACAUGGCCAUGAGAGACCUAUAAAUCCUAUAAAUCGAAAAUCAAAAUCUUAUAGUGAUAGAACUAAAGAUGAAAAGGGCCUAAACCAAAAACAUGACUGGGAUCAUUAUUCAUAUUUUCCAAAUGAAUAUGGUAAUAGGAAACGCCACUCUAGAGAUGGAUUUG